AGAUGCCGAUUGACUAACAUUCUGUCAUACUUUUCUCGACUCCUAACACAGAAAACUUCGAUUUACCCCUGACCCUUUACAAAAUCAAGUUACAUAAAAUAGGACGCUAACCUGGACUUCGUCAUAUCUAUCUGAUUUCUGGUCAGUCUCCCUUACACAACUGGCAAGAUGGCAGGACGCGACAAAGCCUCGGACCAACUCAAAGAAUUCAAGAAGACGCAAAUGAAGGAGGAUGUAUUGACAACAGGAACUGGGGCCCCAGUUGGUCUGAAGACAGCCACCAUGACUGUGGGGCCCAGGGGACCUGUCCUCCUCCAAGACUUUGUCUUCACUGAUGAAAUGGCACACUUCAAUCGUGAAAGAAUUCCCGAGAGAGUGGUACACGCCAAAGGGGCAGGAGCCUUUGGGUACUUUGAGUGCACACAUGACAUAACAAAGUACACCAAAGCCAAACCUUUUGAGUUUGUUGGAAAGAAGACUCCUCUGGCUGUUCGAUUCUCAACUGUCGGUGGUGAGAGUGGGUCCGCUGAUACUGCCCGCGACCCUCGUGGAUUUGCUGUAAAGAUGUACUCCGAGGAAGGAAACUGGGACCUUGUAGGAAAUAACACGCCCAUUUUCUUCAUCAGAGACCCAAUGCUGUUCCCCAGCUUUAUCCACACACAAAAGAGGAACCCACAGACACAUCUAAAGGACCCUGACAUGUUCUGGGACUUCAUCACCCUGAGGCCCGAGACUACCCACCAGGUGUCCUUCCUGUUCUCAGAUCGAGGCACGCCUGACGGCUACAGGAGGAUGAACGGCUACGGAAGCCACACAUUUAAACUCGUCAACAAAGAGGGCAGGCCUGUCUACUGCAAAUUCCAUUGGAAAUGUGAUCAAGGCAUUAAGAAUCUGAUGGCUGAUAAAGCUGCCCAGCUUGCUACAGAUGAUCCAGAUUAUGCUAUCAGAGACCUAUACGACCACAUUGCGGAAGGAGAUUUCCCCUCAUGGACUCUCAAAAUUCAGGUUAUGACCUUUGAGGAAGCCGAGAAAUUCAGAUACAAUCCAUUUGACCUUACCAAGAUUUGGCCACAAGGAGAGUACCCCUUGAUUCCAGUGGGGAGGAUGGUGCUGAACAGAAAUCCAAAGAACUACUUUGCUGAGGUGGAACAAAUCGCUUUCUCCCCAGCUCAUUUGAUUCCUGGCAUAGAAGCCAGCCCUGACAAAAUGUUACAGGGACGUUUGUUCUCAUACUCGGAUACCCACAGACACCGUCUGGGCAGCAAUUACCUGCAGAUUCCUGUCAACUGUCCAUUCAACUCCAGGACCAAGAACUACCAGAGGGACGGGCCUCAGUGUGUAGAUGAAAAUCAAGGUGGAGCCCCAAAUUAUUUCCCUAACAGUUUCUCUGGACCAUUGGAUAAUGCAUCGAACCUCGAGAGUGAGUUCUCCAUUGAUGGCGAUGUCAAACGCUACAACACAGCAGACGAAGACAACUAUUCCCAAGUUGGCGUCUUCUGGAGAAAGGUUCUGAAGCCAGCUGAGAGACAGAGGCUGGUGGAGAACAUUGCUAACCAUGCAAUCAGUGCCACAGAUUUCCUACAGAAGAGAGUGGUCAAGAAUUUCAGCCAGGCUGACCCUGAAUUGGGUCGAGGGAUUCAGGAAUUGUUGGACAAACUCAAGGCUCAAAGAAAGGCCAAGAGUGGAAUGCCUGCUCAGCUGUGAGGUGACCAGGAGACUAUGAUAAAGAUGAAAGUGCUCAACAGUAUUGAUUCUGGACUUGAUUGGUGGAACAAAGUCAAAUUCUGAUGUGUUGCAACUUGUGACAUAAUGUGAUCCUCAUCAUCGCGAAUCAGAUAUUUUUUUUAUUGAAAUCAGAUGAAAUUGAUCAUGACUAUUUUGCAGAUGUGUUUUUUAUUUCAUAUUCCAUUAUAGUUUUGCUUCUUUUUUCUCAAGCAGCUUUGUUUUGCAGCAGUUCAUACGCUUUUGGUGCAAGGAUUUCAUAUAAUGACUUGUGGGAAGUGAAUCAGUAAUUAUCUGUGAUAAAGUGUAGUUCCAAGUGUGUACAUACAUAAAUAUUUCCGUCAAUGCAGAUAGACACAUAGUGUUUAUGUACUGAGACACAGAAAGGCCGGGACAUGACCCCUUUCAUUUGCCUCGUUCCGUUUUCCAUAUACAUAUAUGUCAGAUUUCCUGUAUAUUUUGUUUUCUGUAGAGAUAUGAAAAUAAUGUGAACAGAUUGAAGUAUAUACUUGGAUUUUGUGUUAUCAUAGGACAGUGCUAGACAUCAUCUGAUAAUGUUUCCUGUAUAAUUUGUAAUAAACUGAUUAUUAUUGAA